CUUCAUUACCAAUUCUGUUGUAGGAAGAAUCACAAUGAAAAUUAUCUGGUUUUAUGCAAUUACAGCAGCAACUAUUAUUACAGCAGAACAAGUGCAAGAAAAAUCUGAUGGAAUUAACAAGAUAUUAGACAACUUAAUGAAACAAACGGAAAACAAUAAUUAUGGAAACUAUGAUCUUAAUCAUAACCUCACAAUAAAAAGUAAAGGUAAAUCAGGUAAUAAUUCUAAAAUAAUAUAUAUAAAGCCAAACAUAAAAAGUCGUGAUAAAAAUUCAGAUGAACCUAAGAAUAAUAGUAUUGAAAACUUUGAUAAAAAUGCAUUUAAGGAUUUUAGACGAUUGAAACAGAGUCAAGAAUAUAGUGAAGAGUCGGGAAACAAUAAUAAAAACAUUGACAAAGAUAUAUUGAAACAAAAAAUUUUAUUUGAAGAUAAUGACAAUUCAACAAUCAGAACAACAGAUUAUGUAUUAUCGUUAUUUGAUCCAGAAGCAUUAUCUAAACUAGAUUCCGAUAAAUUAACCAGAAUGGGUUCAGAAGAACUUUCAAGUUUGAUUGAUACGAAAGCUAGGAGUGGCUCUCCCGAUGAGGAUUAUUUAUUUAAUUACGAAGAAAUUAUAACAGAAAAAAAAACAAUCUCAACCAGAAACUAGUAAUUUUAAUUCAUUUUUAUCUAACUUCCAAACUAAGAGUAUUAAUUCCGAUGUGACAGAAAUAAAGGUACCUGAUUACAAUAAUAAUGAUUUUGGUUCAGAGGUAGAUAUGAUACCUAUGAGUAAUACUCAUCGAGAAAAAAUAUUAAAUAAAUUAUUCCAAAAAAAACGAGCACCUUCAUUGUUAUAUAGAGAAAACAAAAAAAUAGAAAAAGUAGAGGCUCCAAUGAAUAAUCUCCUAACAAAUUAUAUGGGGGAAUUAGUGCGUUCGGCUCAACCUAACAAUAAUCUGUCAGUUGAAAUAAUAAAUAUUCCAAAUAUUUACAAACCAUAUGAAAACAUAUUGGAGAGAAAUCUUUGUUGCGGAAAUAAUUGGAGAAACGUAUUGUCGAGAGUUGGGAAAAUGCAAAAAUAUAAUCGGAUUAUUUACUUGAAUUAUUUAAUUAAUAGAAUGAUGCCAAGAUAUGUUUAUCAACCUUUAUAUAAUAGUUUUGUGUAUAAGUAAUAAAACUGUUUUGAAGAUAUUAUAUUUACGUACAUGGGAAGGUAACGAUUAAUGAUGGUCAGUAGGUCAUAAAAUUGCAUUAAUCCUCAUAUAGUAAUUACAUUAAAAAACUCUCAAAUGUAAUAAUUAAAUAAUUAAAACUU